AUCACCACCAUCACCACCAGCAGCAGCACCAGCUGCUGUCAUGUGAAACAGCUGGACGAAAGGAGGUGGAUAAAGAAAAUUAAGAAACAGUGUCUGCACACGAAGGUAUUCCAUCUUUCAGCUAUCUGGUGAGGCGACAGGAUGGCGGGUGCAGAGGUGUACACCCCUGCAAACCCCACCUGCAAGAUAAUGACCUUCAGGCCCACCAUGGAGGAGUUCAGGGACUUCAACCAGUACCUGGUCUACAUGGAGUCUCAAGGGGCGCACAGGGCAGGCCUGGCUAAGGUGAUUCCUCCUAAGGGCUGGAAGCCGCGGCGUACCUACGACGACAUCGACGACGUGAUGAUCAAUGCUCCCAUCCAGCAGAUGGUGGCCGGCCAGUCGGGCCUUUUCACACAGUACAACAUCCAGAAGAAGCCCCUCAGCGUCCAGGAGUUCAGGAGGCUCGCCAAUAGUGACCAGUACUGUACACCUCGGUACCUGAACUAUGAAGACCUGGAGAGGAAGUACUGGAAGAACCUGACUUUUGUCUCGCCCAUAUAUGGAGCUGAUGUCAGUGGAAGCCUCUAUGAUGAGGAUGUGGAGGAGUGGAACAUUGGCCAUCUGAACUCCAUCCUGGACGUGAUCGAGGAGGACUGUGGAGUGUCCAUCCAAGGCGUCAACACGCCCUAUCUUUACUUUGGCAUGUGGAAGACCUCCUUCUCCUGGCACACGGAGGACAUGGAUCUCUACAGCAUUAACUAUCUGCACUUUGGAGAGCCCAAAUCCUGGUAUGCCAUCCCCCCCGAGCAUGGAAAGAGACUCGAGCGACUGGCCACAGGUUUCUUUCCCAAUAGCUUUAAGGGCUGUGAGGCUUUUCUUCGCCAUAAAAUGACUCUAAUCUCGCCUUCCGUACUGAAGAAAUACGGGAUCCCCUUUGAUAAGACCACUCAGGAGGCAGGGGAGUUCAUGGUGACGUUCCCCUACGGCUACCACGCUGGCUUCAACCACGGCUUCAACUGUGCAGAGUCCACCAACUUCGCCAGUCUCCGAUGGAUAGACUACGGCAAGGUGGCCACACAGUGCACAUGCAGCAAGGACAUGGUGAAGAUCUCCAUGGAGCCCUUCGUGAAGCGCUUCCAGCCCGACCGUUACCCCGCCUGGAUGCUGGGGAAGGACCCCACGCAGAUAGACCACACCGCCGCCACCCCCAGGACCACGCCCGAGCUGCAGACCUGGCUGCAGCGCCGCCAGAAGAGCAAGCCCUCCAAUAAGAGUACCACACAUUCCCGUACUCGCUCCAAGCGGCUCAGGACCACGGAGGAGCCCCCGGGCCUGGAAGGAGGUGCAGCCCUGAGCGGCGGCGGCUGCAGCAGCAGCAGGAGCAGGAGGAGAGGUCUAGCAGGAGGCCCACUGGGACCCAAGGUACGCCGAUCUCAGCAACACACAACCUGCACGCCAGGAGAGGAGGAGGAGGAGGAGCAGGAGGAGGAGGAGGAGGAGGAGAAGGAGGAAGACCACCAGAACUCUCUCCGCCUCCCUGACCCCUGCAGACAGAUGUGUGUGGUCAAGGUGAACCGGGUCGAGAGCGACAGACUCAACCUUUGUAAAUCAGAGCCAUCCCAAACCUCUCUCUCCCUCCCCCCUCACCCCUCCGGCCCUCCGUGUGAGAAAGCCCCCUCGGUAAUCGCCGUGGCUCCCAGUAAACCCAAAGGACCCUCGGUCGCAGAGGUCAAACCUCUCACCGCUAAAAGAGCCAAUUGUGAGUCUGUGGCGGCCCUCUCAGACCCUCUUGGACCGCGGGACCUGGCCAGCCCUCGGGACCACUCCAGAGGGAUUAGCCCACAGAGCAGCCGCCCGGCGGCCCCCUGCCCCCGUACGGCGGCUAACCUCACGGUGUGGCUGCAUCCUCUGCACUCAGACAGCCACUCGUCGGGCCCUUCACCCAGCGAGGGAGCCUCUAGACCCGGAACGAGGACUGAGGAAGAGGGAGGCGGGGCGGAUCGGCAGGGUGCCCUCGAAGCUGAGGGGCCGGCUGCCACCACCGCUCACACACACCGCACCGCAGGGGCGUUUUAUAACGGCGCGUUGGCAGAGGGCGGCAGGGAGGCGUCAGCCCGCGGCUCUCCCCGCUCGCCCCUAGAGCCGUGGCCCCCCGACUUCACCCCCCCCGACGGCGUGGCGGCAGAGGAAAACCUUUUCCCGCCUCUCCUCACUCCCGAGCUGCCGGCAGAGGGGCCCGAGAACGGCCCCGCUCCCCCAGUGCUCACCCAGGAGAUGCCGUCCCUGACGCACGCCGACGCCGGGCUGAGCGAGGUCACGGCGUCCCCGCCGCGGCCACCUCAGCAGGGGGCGCCUCUGCUGAGGCGCCAAACGCCGGCGGACCUCCCGGCGGACUUCGCUGAGGCGGACCUCGCCGGGGGCGACGUGACGACGGCGGCGGCGCUCUCUCGCACGCCUUCUGAGCCUGAUGUUCAGCGCGAGCGGCUAGCGAGUGACGGCGGGGGUCCCAGGGUCCCCACCACCGCGGGCAGCGCUGCUGACUUAAGAACUGCUGCCGCCGCUGACGGCGCGGCCGAUGUGGUAAUGCAGACGGCGGUGCCGGCCGUCGCAGCGGGGAGGGCCCACACUACGUUACGACAUUUCAGCCUCAGAGACGGCGCCGCCGUCUCAGAGCUCCCGUUUGAACUAGCAGAGCCCGCGGCCUCCGAGCACCGUGCGGCCGCAGACGAAGCCCCGAUCCUGCUCGGCACCGACUCGUUUAUGCCCAACGUCUCGAGCCACGACCACAGAGUCCUCUCGGCCCCCCCGCAGCUGCAAAGGCUCGGGCACGAAAUGGACGACGCUCUCUUCGAGCCCGGCGCCUUCUCGUCGUCCGGCUACUCAUCGAGCCCCUACGAGGAGCCAAAGCCCUUCUCCAGCAGCAUCUGGAAGAACCUGACCUCCCCGAGCCCCGCCGUGCUCAUCCAGAGCCUGCACGCCGACUUCGCCCACGAGAACCUCCCUUACACCAUGUGGACCGAGCCCCAGUACAAGGAGGUCACGGACCCCGACGGGCCCCGCCCCGACGGCGACGCGGCCAAUCAGGAAGAAGGGGGUGCGGCUCUCACCUGGGCCCAGCUGGAGCCCACCUCGCUGCUGUCGGUGGGCACCGCCGAGCCCCCGGGGCUGGCGGCGGAGUACGAGCCCUGCAGGGGGGACGCGGAGGCGAUGGGGGCCCAGGGAGGGCGCAGGGAGCCGGGUACGGCCGGUGCCCCGGGCUGCCUGGGUCCCGUCACUCCGGGUGCAGCGGAGCAGGUCUCCUUCAUAGCGGGAGAGGGGGACGGGCGGGAGGAAGAGGAGCAGAGCAGCGCCCGGGGGGACAGUAGCAGUGAGUCAUCCCCAUCGUCGGAAGAGGACGAGGAGGAGGAGGAGGAGGAGGAGGAAGACGAGGAGGAAGAUGAGGGAGACUGCAUGAGUGACUAUGAGCAGUGUGAUGUGAGGCUGGAACCUGGAGAGGUCUGUCCGUACCCUGCUCAAUCCGUGAAGAGGACGAGUAAGAGCUGGCGACAUCCUCUGAGGAAACCCACGGCGAGGGCUGUGCCCACUGCUGUGAAGCAGCAGACCACCAGUGACGAUGAGCCCAUGGACGUCAACCCGGCCGACGGCGGCGAACAGGAAAUGGAGCUCUGGGCUAAGCCCCUCCUCUUCCUGUGGCAGAGCAGGAAGCCGUGUUUCACAGCGGAGAAGGAGUACAACGCCAACGCCGCCACCAUGCAGCCGCACUGCGCCGUGUGCACGCUCUUCAUGGCCUACUACCAGGCUGAAGACAAAGCGGAGGACGCCAAGUCCUCCCCGGGGUCCGCCGUCCACGCCGCCCCGCUCCAGGACCCCUCCUCCCCGGGCCCCCCCAACCACGGGGGUCUGAGGAGGACCAAGCCCCUGGUGCCGGAGAUCUGCUUCUCCUACCGGGAGCAGAACGGGCCGCCAACCCCCACCAACCCCCGGCUGCAGGAGGACGGCUCCUCUGCGCUGCUCUCCUGCCAGGGCUGCUGUCUGCAGGUCCACGCAAGCUGCUACGGAGUCACGGCAGAGGACGUCAGAGAGGAGUGGUCAUGUGACCGCUGCACGGCGGAGCGCUUCAACGCGGAGUGCUGCCUCUGUAACCUCCGGGGCGGCGCGCUGAAGAGAACCACAGAUGACCGGUGGGCCCAUGUGAUGUGCGCCAUAGCUCUGCCAGAGGCGAGGUUCAGCCACGAGGCCAAGAGGAGUCCCAUCGACACCAGCAUGAUCCCUCUGCAGAGAUACCGCCUGAAGUGCACCUACUGCCACAAGCGCUGCUCGGGGAAGCGGCACGCCGGGGCCUGCAUCCAGUGCUCCUACGGCCGCUGCCCCACCUCCUUCCACGUCACCUGCGCCCACGCGGCCGGCGUCACCAUGGAGCCCGACGACUGGCCCUACGUCGUGUCCAUCACCUGCCACCGGCACCAGUCACGGAGCUCCGCUGCGCGGUCUGAGCGGCGCCGUCUGCCCUGUGUGUCCCAGAAGCAGCGGGCCAGCGAGGCGGCCAUCUCCCUGGGCCAGACGGUCAUCUCCAAACACAAGAACCUGCGCUACUACAGCAGCAGGGUGACGCAGGUCAGCUCGCAGGCCUUCUACGAGGUCAUGUUCGACGACGGCUCCUUCUCCAACGACACCUACCCCGAGGACAUCGUGAGCCGGGACUGUGUGAGCCUGGGGCCCCCCGAGGUGGGGGAGGCGGUGCAGGUCAAGUGGCCCGACGGCCUCUACUACGGAGCCAAGUACCUGGGGUCCAACACCACCCACAUGUACCAGGUGGAGUUUGAAGAUGGCUCCCAGGUUCUUGCCAAGAGGGAGGAUGUGUACACCCUGGAAGAAGACCUGCCUAAAAAGGUGAAAGGAAGACUUUCCACGGCCUCCAGCAUGCGCUUCCAGGACACCUUCUUCACCACGCAGGUGGAGAGGAAGCGCCAGCGCACGCCCAACUCCCGCUUCCAGAAGGACUACGUGGCUCUGUCGGCCAGGAGCUCCUGGGAGCCACGCAGCCCGAAGGGCAAGUGAGGAAGACCACCAUGAGGAGGAAGAAGGACGGGUUGGAUUAAUCUGCAGAUCAACGACAAAUGAAUGCACUGAAUUGAGAGAGGGGAUUUGUGAUCGAUGGAUGGGGGGGGGGGGUUGUGUGUGUGUGUGUGUGUGUGUGUGUGUGUGUGUGCGAAGCUGCCGCUAGGAUGGAGCCUAGGAUCUCUAAUGUCCGCACCACAGAGGUUAUGCACAGUGUUAAAGGCUGAGGCAGUCUGUACUACCAUCCCUCUCCUUAAAUCAAGUUUUUUGGUUUUUUUCCUGCUCCAUACUGAGAUUGAGAAUCAGAUUAGACGGUCUGCACUGGCCGUUGGUUAUCCAUUGUUAUGGAUCAGUGUUUAGGUAGUUCCAGCAUUAUCAGGCUCAGCGUGGGAUCAGCUGGAUGAACAGACGGCUGUGCUCUAGCGGCUAUGGAUAACAUCGUCACGCUUUGCCACCGCCAUAAUGUUUCAUAUCAGGGCGGCGGGAAUCAUGAAAAGCACCAAGGAUUCAAGUGUUUUUUUGUAGUCAAGUCGUUUUGAGUUGCAUGAUCAAAAACCCAAAGGAUAACGGGUGGGGCAGUGGGCAGCAGGGAUCAGGGGUUGGAGGUUUAAACACCCUUAAAGGGACCAGGAGUCCUGGGUCGCUUUCUGGACGGCCACUCUGGUGCCGAAGUCGAUCAGAGCGCAUUAUGAUCACAUUUGUCAGGGAAUAAAAGCAAACAAAAUCAAACACAACUUUGUCACGCCACCAUUUUUAAUCGACACAACCACAUGUUUUUUCCUCUGUAAAUGAACACAUUUCAAGAGCUGGGAUUUUUCUAAGUAGAUUAUCUACUGUAGCUUUUUUGGCAGGGUUCUGCUGAUCUGGUUUUAUUUUGUAAUUAUAUUUAUGCACUUUGCUUGUUGUACUUUCGUUCCAUGUGGUGCUGUUACGUGUCCGCAUGGUAAAUUGUCAUCCCUACUGCUUGUGAUGGCUGAAUAACUUAACAUCAAAGGACAUGAGUCGCCAUUGAACAUUAAGAUGUUGAAUCUUCAUGUCCAAUCGAACAGCCUGCUAAUAAUAACUUUCCAGGAAGAGUUAUUUGGGAAGGAAGUUGAGUUGGGCAUAGUGUUUUAAUGUCUGCCCUAUUCACAAGUCAAAAUGAAUCACUACUGUCAGUCUGUGUUUUAUGAAACACACUGUUGGAAUUAUUUAAAUCUCUGUAUUUAUUUUUGGGCUUGCUAUAUAGACGAAAUAUUGGUAACUGCCAUUAAACAAUAAAAAAAAAUCCAUAUUUGCUUUUUUUAAAUAAUUUGUGUCGGCUGUCAUUUUUUUUAUAUUUUAUUGUCUAAUUAUUGGACUAUCACUUUUAUGAGAAGUAAAUGUGUCCAGGCAGGGAUUUCAUUUGACUGUUAAACGUAUAAUGUUACGUCAGAAGUCCAUCAUGGAAAUCGCAAAAAAAUAGCUAUGACAUUCAGGAUAAUUAGCCUCCAAAUCUCCUUAAAGUGUAAAUACUGUAUUGGGAGUGAGGCCAUUUAAAUUUGUUAGAUUGCCACAGGGAUUGGGUCUCUGGCAUCACACAAUGACAAAUAUAACUGCAAGCGGUGAUUAGCGGCAUCCGAGCAAAAUUACAAGUCAAGAACACACUAAUGGAGGAUAUAUAAAUAUGACAAAUAAGGAAAGAUGUUGAUGAAGACGUUACACUUAAUGAAAUACUGUGCCUCGGCUUUCAGGUGAGCUGCAAAGCAAUGCCCGAAUGUCAGGUUCAGCUUGUUCAUAAUUCUAUAAUCGAGAUUCGAAAUCUCAACCUAAGGAUCACCUGUACAAGGCAUUAUCCCAUUGAGCCGCUGAUAAACCUGAACUGCAGCCUCAUUCACAAGGUCAAAAUGUCUAUUGCCCCAGAAACCUCCAAGCACACAUUUCUCAAGUGAAUUAAUGGCUUUCUUAAAAGCAUAAUCCUGAAAUAUCUUUGAAAUUCUGGGGAAAUUAAACCAAGAACACUAACGGAAGAAAUAUAA